ACGACGGCAUCACUCUCACACUGACAUCCCACACUGACAAUGGCAAGCAAAGCGAAAAGCUCAGAUGUAAAGGUUCUUAAAGGCCAAGAAGCCGAAGAUGCAAUAUUGCAAUAUCUGAAAAGAAUGAAUCGUCCUUUUGGUGCUGUAGAUGUCGCUGCUAACCUGAAAGGCGCAGUGCCGAAGGCUACAACGCAGAAGAUCCUCAUCGUUCUGGCAGAAAAGGGCGAGAUCGUGCAGAAAACGUAUGGCAAAACAAGUUUCUUCGUCGCCAAUCAGGCCAACAUUGACUCGGUUCCUGCCGAUAAGCUAACAGAACUUGAGGCCGAGUGCAAGACGAUCGAGGAAAGUACCAACGUGCUUGCGGCAGAGGUCAAGUCUAUAACAGCAGAAUUGUCCAAACUCAAGAAUUGUCCAACGGACGAGGAACUCGAUGCGCAAAUUGCGAGCACGAAAGAGGGGAUGGUCCAACUCACCGAAAGACUCGUCCCGCUUCGAUCUGGCACACCGCUCAUUUCUCCCGAGGAACUCGUCAAGAUCGAUGCUGACUGGGCAACAUGGCGUGCGGAAUGGAUUCGCCGAAGAAAAGUUUUCAUGACUUUUUGGCAGCUUGCGACAGAUUCCCUCCCGCCCCAGGACGCCGAGAUGCUCAUCGAAGAUCUAGGGAUGGAGUUCGAUACUACAGAACACAAGGCACUCGAGAAGGGACCGUUGUGCACUAUACAAGGUACAAACGCUCGUAUCAACCUGAAGAGGAAGCGGGAGUAGUUAUCAUCACAGCAUCUUGUACACCUACCCGUUUAUCCAUGUGCUUACGGACACUGUUAUCAAGACCGAAGAAGAUAAAACUACUAAAGCCAAACUGGAGACUCAUUAAGAGACGCGUAUCAGACAAAACCAUCAAUGAUUACAGAUCGAAUGCCGAACUUUGCCACCCCCUCCGCUUCUCCUCCU